UAAAGCGAUCAUUUUCAAGAACUGUUCUGAAGUGUGGCGGAGUCUGUAUGGAGGUGAACAUGGCCUCCAUGUAUAUUCUCCUCCUCUUUGGAUUAGUCCAGCUAGGAUUAGCGCAAAUAUCUUCUGAUAAAGCUCUUGUGCGUGUUAAGAGACAAGGGGUUAAUCUCACUGUCACUUCUGUACUGUCGCCACCGUUCCUGAUGGAGGUGAAGGGCGCGGCGGCCUCGGGGUAUGACCGUUAUGAAGGUUUCAUCAAAGACAUCCUUCACGAGAUCAGCAAGAAGAUUGGUAUGGCGUACACGCUGAAAGUUAGAGUGGAUAACAGUUACAGUGGAAUGAUUACUCAGUUGGUCAAUAAGGAGGUUGAUAUGGCAGUUGGUCCGAUUACCAUCACCUCACAGAGAGCGGCAAAGGUCGACAUGACAAAGCCAUUUAUGAAUGCCGGGAUCACCAUCAUGAUGAAUAGAAGGGAUGCCGUAUCUGAACUGUCAUCUCAUUCAUACUCUCUGGACGUUGUCCUGAGGCCAUUUGGGCCUGUAGUUUGGGUUUGCAUCAUACUGGCUGCCUUUGUAGUGAUCGGUUGUUUUUACCUCAUCAACCGCUUUGAUCCCAAUGAGAAACACGCCUGCAGACACGGAGACAAGAAGAAGGAGACUGAGUCCGAGGGAGAAAAGGAGCUACCGUUUAGCUUCCUUGCUUGUCUCUGGAUGGUCCUUGGUGGACUUACCAUACAGGGAUACACCAAAAGACCCCAGUCAGCAGCAGCAUUGGUUCUGUUCUUUGCCUGGUGGGUGUUCUGCCUGAUCGUGUUUGCCUUCUACGUGGGUGGCAUCAUGAAGAGUGGAAUCUAUGGCACCACCAAUCCGGGGCGUGUCAGUAAGUUCAAAUCAUUUGAUGAUUUAGUCAGACAGACCGAGGUGCAGUUUGGAACUGUGGAUGGUGGAUCAACGUUCCAGUUCUUUCGAACAAGCAAAGUUGAGGUGUAUCAGCGAGCUGCAAGGAUGAUGACGAUGGUGCCCACAUUGUCUGAGGGAGUUGAGAGGGUAAGAAAGAGUCGAUAUGCACUUCUGGCAGAGUCUCCUUAUGUGGAAUAUGUGUCUACGAAAAAACCCUGCAAUACGAUGCAAGUUGGUGGUCUAUUGAACAGCUUUGGAUAUGGUUUCGGCCUGCCGAAAGGCUCACCGCACAAAGAUGCAGUCAACGCAGCCAUCUUGCAGCUUCAAGAAGAUCAAAUCCUCCAGAUGCUGUUCAAUAAAUGGUGGAAUGAAUUCGAACCAUGUACGAAAGUCUCUCAGCCGAGGGAAUCUAUCAAUGACAUGGACAGGGAGCAAUUAUAUGUAGCCAGUUCUCUCUCCAUGGGCAACGUUGGUGGGGUAUUCAUCAUCUUCUUUGUGGGAAUCUUCCUCGCAAUGAUCGUCAUGCUGUUGGAGAUACUUGUUCACAGACGCAGACAGGCAAAGAAGUUGGACACACCGAAGGAAGAGAAAAAGGAUGAGCAACUCUUGCAAGAAGUAGCUGAGGCCUAGAGCAGUGAUGGCGUCCAAUGACCAAGUCGACCCAGUUUUGAUGUAUUUUAAUGAAACACAAUAAAAGUUUGUCAACAGA